AACCUGCGCAAUAUCAUACCUUGUAUUCUUUGUACCAUGGUAUAAACCCAUAUAAACCCACCUUUAGUAUCAUACCGUGAUCAUACCAGAUCAUACCAAAUUUAAUUUAACCUCAAUGCCGCAUUUUAUUUUAACUUUAACAACAAAACAUCCUUUUAUGGUUUUGAUCUUUUCUAUGAUUUUGAUACAAAAAUUAACAAAAUGACUUGGCGGAAGCGAUUUAUUGAUAUAGGCGCAAACCUUACUGAUCCUAUGUACCAAGGUAUUUAUAAUGGCUCAAAGAAGCACGAACCUGAUUUAAACCAUGUUUUGAAAAGGAGUUGGGAUAGCGGCUUAGAAAAAAUAAUUAUCACAGGUGGUAGCUUAGAAGAAAGUGAAAAAGCUAUUCAAAUGUCCAAAACAGAUGACAAGCUGUAUGCAACAGUUGGUUGUCAUCCAACCAGGUGUUAUGAAUUUGAAAGUAACAAUCAAGAUCCAAUUAAGUACCUGGAAAGCUUGGGCAAUUUAGUGAAAGAAAAUAGAAGUAAAGUAGUAGCAUUAGGUGAAUGUGGUUUAGACUAUGAUCGUUUACAGUUUUGUGAUAAAGAUACCCAAAAGAAAUACUUUAACAGACAACUUCAACUUAACGAGACAUUUAAACUUCCACUGUUUCUACAUUGCCGCAAUGCAGCUUCAGAUGUAUUUGCAAUUUUGUCAAGCCAUGACUUCACUGGAGUAGUACAUUCCUUUGAUGGUACGUUGGAUGAAGCUAUAAAAUUUAUCACACUAGGAUACUAUAUUGGUAUAAAUGGAUGCUCAUUAAAAAGUGAAGAAAACUUGCAAACUAUUAAAGAUAUACCUAGUGAAAAGAUCUUGAUAGAGACUGAUUGUCCUUGGUGUGAAAUUAGACCAACACAUGCUGGCUACAAAUAUAUAUCAGAAGAAAAUAAAUCAAUUCCAUCUGUUAAAAAAGAAAAAUGGAAACAAGAUCACAUGGUUAAAAGUAGAAAUGAACCAACCAAUAUAGGGCAAGUAUUAGAUGUUAUAGCAGCUGUUAAGAAUGAACCAGUUCCAGAAUUAGGCAGACAAAUUCAUGAGAACACUUUGAAGUUAUUUUUUAAGCAAUAAACAAUUUUUAUUUAAAAAAAUUUAUUUAACAACAUAUAUGUCUUGAUAACAACACAUCUACCUAAAUAAAUAUUUUAUACAGUAAAAAAA